AUGUCGAAGUCACUCCUAAAUCCCACGGUUAUGGCCAGGUUCGGCGAUGAUGAGGACUAUCUUCACGAACUCAUACAGCAUAAUCACAUGCUACGGCGCGCGAUAGUUUUAAUCUUGACGGUGCUCUCGCUAGCCGCCUUUCUUGCGAUACACCGGUCGAAGUUACUCGAGUAUAAGUGCCAAUACGUCGGCUUGCCCUAUAAUAGCUUUGCGGGUUUGGAACAGCCGAAUAAAGACCACUUUAUCGUAAUAUCAGCUUCAACGAAUAUGUCUCGUGCCGCUAAGGACAGGUGGCUGGGUACUUAG